CGCCCUUCCCACGAUGGUGCCAGCGCGCGGCCAAAGACUCGGUAAUUCACUCUGUUGAAUGAUUCCAGUCCGUUCUGUGGUGCACACUUUCACGUGGAGCGGAGGGUCUAACAGGCGCUGAGACACGGAAGAUGAAGAUCUUAACCCUCGCCCUUGCUCUGUGGGUCAGCGCCGCCUUGGCUCUUCAGGAGGAGAAUAGUGGAGUUGGUGGCCUGGAGGAGGAGCAGCUGGCGGAGGAGGAGGAGCUAGCGGAGGUCCUGGCUGAGGAGCUCGAGGAGGAGGACGCCCUCGAGCCCGUCCUUGGGAACGACGACGACGUGGACGAAGGCGGCGACGAGUGCUCCAGAAUUUCCCCGAAGGAGGUCUUCCACACGGAGCUGCACCCGAGGCUGCUCAAGGCCAUGGACGAGAUGAGUCUUUACGUGGAAGCUGUGGUGGAGCGUGUGGAGACAGCCGUGGAAGUACUUCUGCCUCACGUUCCAGAUUCGCCCAUAGGAGAGCUGAAGAGCCAAGAGCUCUUUUCUGAGCUUCGGGACUUCAUGCUCGGGACGAUCCGCGACGCGUACGAGCUGGCGAGGACGGCCUGGAGGGACCUCAUCCGCGCCCACGCUCGGGACAUGGGGAGCGAGGAGACACUGCAGGCCCUCCAGCUCAUAAGAGACGCUCAGCAUCAGGGAGACCGCUACCUGAACGCCGCCCUUCAGGAGCUCUCGGUCACCAUCAAAGCCAUCGUCAUGAACAGCAUCUACGUGGUCCACAGGUCGCUGCAUCUGCCCAACGACACCGAGGAGCAUCACGUCGCCGAAGCCAUCCACGGCGAACUCCCCAAGGUCGCCCCCAACUUCCUGGGGAACGUGAUGGCCAAAGUGCUGGAGAGAGGGUCGGAUCCUUCUGGCUACAAGAAGAUCUUGACAGAACCUUUACGGGAUCUCAAUAAGGCUGUUGAUGAGAUGCAUGCAACGCUCGAGGCUGCCAUAGAAAACGGGAAGUCAGAGGACAUGGCGGCUUUCUGGCGGGAGGUCGUCGCUCAGAGUCACCGGCGAAUGAGAAAUGAUCCCUUGCGCGAGGAAGAUCUUGAAAUCAUUUAUCGAAACGAGACGUAUUUGACAGAACUUACUCUAAGUCUCAUGGCAACGUGGUGAGAGACAGCCCCAUUUUAGAAGAAAAUGAAAUGAAAUGGGUCAAUUCUCUAUUUUUUCUCUCCUCUCAAUCUUGUCCUGAACUGAUCUAAUAAAAGAGUACAAUGUUAUAUAUAGA